AUGAACGGGAAAGAGGAAACGGAGGCGGAGGAGAGGAAGGAGGACGAGAGCAAGAAGCAUCAGCAGCACAGGCAGCAGGCGACGCACAGGCUGCUGCUACCCACAAGUGUUGACGAACCACGGCAAGAGCAGCAACAAGAACAGCAGCAGGAGGAGGGCCAACGAGCACGCCGAGGGAGAAGGAGGAGGCCUUCACAUCCACCUGGAGAGACACCACAAGUACGGCUUCCUCCCACCCCGACACCAAGCCCUGGAGCUCAGGCCAACCCACGGCGGAAACGCUUGCCCAGUCCCGGAUCGCUGUCUCGUAUCUCUUCCCAGACUCCAAAGAACGCAGACCACCAGCAGCCACAGCCUCGCGCUCUCCCACAACCACAGCGCAGGCGUAGUGCGGACACAGGCGCCCCUCGGAGCUUACCCCAGCCGGGAAAGGCAGCACCGUCUUCGAGACCAGCAACUCGCCAGUUGCCUCUGCCCAGUCAGUCUUCAACCCCACCCGCGAGUCCAGCACGUUCGCGCCACGUGUCCGAUAGCGACGCACAACGCACAACGGCACCACAGCAGAGGCAGCCUGCGCUUCCCUCGCCGCGCCGCCGAAGGCCUUCCCUCCCUGUGCCACCACCACAGCAGCAGCAGCAACAGCAACAGCAGCAACAGCAGCAGGAGCAGAAAAAAGGGGGUGCGGCUUUGACGUUUCCUGUCUUUGACACCCCAACUGCUGCGACCGAAAGCCAAAGCCCGCAGAAGGAGCGUCGUCAUCGCGGUCGCCGCAGCAGCUUACCACAGGUUCCGCCACCCGCUCACCGUUCAUCUCACGCACGCACAGGCACCACACUUCCCACACCACCAGCACCUGCAACCACCACACCAGCAAGAGUAAUUGCAGUCCCACAAGCCGCUACUGCUGCACCUCCAGCAUCAGCACGUGACAGCCCGCGGCAGGUAGGAAAGGGCACACACAGAAGGGGCACACGCAGCUUACCGCAGCCACAGGCCAGUGGCGCUCGUGGGAGCAACUCCAAACGAGAAGACGGAGCAGAAGGCGAACAGCACGAAGAAGAGGAACAGCGAGAACAAGAAGAAGCAGCAGCAGCAGCAACACAAGACACGCAGCAACAGCAGCGCCAGCAGCAGCAACAACAACAACAGCAACAGCAGCAGCAACAACGAACGGUGACGGCACGACAGCAGGAGGCGAUGAAUGCGUUUUCAAGGGCAAACCCACCGCGGUGUGGGCUGUGCGGAUGUGUGCUGGCACCAAAGAGCAAGGCCCUGCAAUGCCUGUUCUGUGACGACCUGUAUGUGGUGUGCGGGGCGUGUGCGGAGAGAGACGAUUUUGGCGAGCAGCACGAGCACGAGAUUGAGAUGUUUGACGACUGGGAUGUGCCAGAAUACGGCGGUGGCGACGAAGAGGCACAUGAUGCAGAAGCGAAAGAUGCAAAGGGGAAGGAGGAGAGAACAGAGAUGAAGGAAGACGUCCAAGGCACGAUUGUGGAAACGCACGAGCAUGAGACAGGGGCACGCCUCAACAAGGAAGAAGGCAAGGAAGCGGCGAGAGAGCACGAGAAGCAAGGCGAUCAUGUUGAGGGUGGCGUGGCUGAUGAAGGGAAUUCAAGAAGAACGAAUGCAACAGCAAGAGAUGCGAGCAAUGAUGGCACAGUGCAGCAGGCGGUCAAGGGUGGCGAUGGCAAACACGAGGAUGUGGCGAUAGACAAGGCAACACAUGCUGGCAGGCCACAAGAAGAAGGGAAGGCAGAUGGGCAAGAAAAGGUUGUGGUCCCAAGUGACACUGCACCAUCACAGCAGCAGCAGCAGCAGCAAGGCGGAGCAACAACAACAACAGCGGCAGCAGGGAAGCAAACCGCAAGAGCCAGCGCCCCAAUCAGACGAGACAGCAGUUGA